AACAUUUGGAAUGCUUAUCUUUGUGAAGUGAACAAAAUAACAUUUAAACGGGUUCUCAAUUUGUUUCGACUCUUAAACAUAAGACACACUAAGACCGAAAAAAUGAUGUUCAUCGUGGUAAUAACGUUGUUGUUAAAUGGGUGUUACUGUUUCGUUUUGGGCGACCAGACACCAAGAAAUGUCACACAACAGCUAACGGUGGGCAAUGGUGGCCCAUUUGGCACGUGGGGAGUUAAACAGUUCUGUCCAUCCCAACAAUUUGCAAUUGGAUACGACAUCAAAGUUGAGUCGUAUCAGUUAACAGCAGACGACACUUCUUUGAACGCCAUCAAACUAAUAUGCGCGGACGCCGAGAGCUAUUCAGCAGAGACGACAAUCACUUCCGCUAUGGGACCUUGGGGCGACUGGAAGGGCCCAGCCACGUGCAUCCAGGGCACGGGAGACAUUAUGUACCUCUCCGCGUUUAGUCUACAGGUGGAGGGAACUCAAGGUAGUAGUGAUGACACAUCAGCCAACUGGGCGAAGUUUCAAUGUCGGGACAUGUACGGGAUUAAACCAAUGCAAGAGUUAAACAAGGACCCAGGCCAUGGGUUAUUUGGAACCUUCGGGGCGUGGUCUGCAUCCUGUAUGCCUGGUUCCGCUAUUUGUGGAAUAAGGACGAAGGUGGAGCCAGUUCAAAACGAUGGCGACGACACAGCGCUAAAUGACGUCAUUUUCUACUGUUGCCAUGAGUAAGAACCGCCAAUCUAAGGCCGAUCAGUGACCUUGCCAUUCCACAAUACAGUGUGCAAAAUUUUGAAAUAAAACAU